AUACUUUUCGCCUUUUACUAAAUAUCUAUGGUGUUUUCUCGUUCGUGCGCGGAUCGUUAAAAAUGGCUUAAUUCGGCUGCCAUUCGGUGUGAUUCGUGUGCCCAGUGAUACUACAGCCGCCUCUACAACUGCACAAAUGAAUUUGCAGAAAUGAUAGACAAGGAACGGCACGAUUCGUCCUCGCGUGACUCCGACUCUGAAGACGACGAUGGGGUGUCCGUCAGCGAGUCGGACUCCGAGUCGGGUGGCGAGCAGGGGGCGCCCGCGGCACGGCGGGAUGAGGAGGAGGAAGAAGAAGGAGAUGAAGAAGAAGACGAGCUAGUGAAGGCCAUCCGGAGGGAGAAGGAGAAGCCGCGAGAGCACCCUCCGGACAUCCGGUGCGAGGAGUUCGUCGUAGAUAUCAGCUUCCACCCGGAACAGGACCUGAUAGCCGCUGCGACCGUCAUGGGAGAUGUUCUGGUGUACAAGUACGCGGUGGACAGCACGGAGCUGACGGCCACGUGGGAGCUGCACACCAAGUCCUGCCGGGACAUAGAGUUCAGCGCUGACGGCUCGCUGCUCUUCUCCUCGUCCAAGGACCGGAGCGUCAUGGUGACAGACGCCAGCACGGGGAAGCUGGUACGCGCCUACGAUGACGCCCACGAGGCCGGAGUGUACAGCCUGCUGGUGGUCGACAGAAACAUGUUCACGUCGGGAGAUGAGGCUGGAACUGUGAAAUUGUGGGACCUGCGCAAGCCGGGGGCCGUGUUCUCGCUGAAGGAGAUGGACGACUACGUCAGCAAGAUGGUGACCACGGACUCCAGGCGGCACGUGGUGUGCAGCAGCGGGGAGGGCACGCUCACCUCCAUCAACCUGUCCAGCCGCAAGCUGCACAUGCAGUCGGAGAUGUACGACGCGGAGCUGACGAGCCUGGCGCUGCUUCGCAGCGACACCAAGGUGGUCGUGUCCUCCAGCAAGGGCACGCUGUUCCUCUUCAACUGGGGGGAGUUCGGCCUGCACAACGACGAGUUCCCCGGCAACAAGAGGUCCAUCAACGCCCUCAUCCCCAUCUCCGACAACAUCGUGGUGGAGGCCUGCGAGGACGGCGUCCUGAGGGCGACUCACAUGUUCCCCCACCGCCACCUGGGGGUCGUCGGGCAGCACCAGUUCUCGGUCGAGUGCCUGGACAUCAGCGGGGACGGCACCUACGUGGCCUCCAGCUCCCACGACCAGCUCAUCAAGUUCUGGAACAUCAAGUACUUCGAGGACAUCGAGGUCAACCCCAAGGAGAAGUCGAAGAAACAAGUGGAAAUGAGGCACAAUCUGCCUUCCUCGAAGGCAAAAAACGCCCAGGACUUCUUCUCUGGACUUGCGUAAAAGAUUUUGUAAAUAAUAAAUAAAAUCAUUUAAUACGAUAA